AUCCAAACAAUAUCGCUGUCUCGCUAUCAUCAAAUAUUCUGCGCAUUCCGGCAAACAUGUCGCUUGUCCGCAAUUGUCCCUUCUUCGCUUCUAACCACAGCAACGUUUUCGACCCUUUCUCCCUCGACCAUUGGGAUCCCUUCGGAACCUGCCCCUUUCUCAAAUCCUUCACUUCCCCCAUCUCCAUCGACGGCUCCUCGCCGUCCCCGGCCUACUACGCACGUGUGGACUGGAAGGAGACGCCAGACGCGUACGUGUUCAAGGUCGAUCUUCCAGGACUGAAAAGGGAAGAGGUGGAGGUGAAGUUAGAGGAUGGGCGAAUACUACACAUCAGCGGCAAUCGGAAGCGGGGGGAAGAGGAGAAGAAGACCGACACUUGGCACCGCAUCGAACGGAGCAUCGGUAGCUUUUUCCGCCGCUUCCGACUUCCGGGUUCUACUAAGGCGAGUGAUGUGAAAGCUGCCAUGGAGGACGGGGUGCUUACAGUCACUGCUCGCAAGGAGGAGGAGGAGAAGAAGAAACCUGUGGUGAGAAGGAUUGAAAUCUCCGGUUGAAGGGCGGAAUUGAAGGUGUGAGUUCUUACAAUAUCCAUGCGAAGUCUUGAUUGCAAUCUCUGAGUGU